UCGACGACAACGCCAACCUCUCAUGGUUUGUUUUAGCCGCUACCCCUUCACUCCCUCGACGAGUCCGCCACUCUCUUUUCCCGAUCCACCUAAAUAUCCCACCAUACUCCCCUUUCCCCAUUUUCCCUUAUAUAUUCAUUUUCUUCACUCCAACUUUAAGAGCUCCUAUUACUUGCUCUUACCCAUAACUAUAUUUUUUCUCCAUUCACCAUGGAAAGCGCAACAACAGCACAAGCUCUAUCCCGUAUCGGCUUAGCUGGUCUAGCCGUCAUGGGACAGAACCUAGCGUUAAACAUCGCUGAGAAAGGUUUCCCUAUUUCCGUAUAUAACAGAACCACUUCUAAAGUUGACGAGACUUUAGAUCGCGCUGACAGUGAGGGAAAAUUGCCGUUGAUUGGGAAGUACGACCCUCGUGAUUUUGUACUGUCAAUUCAACGGCCUAGAUCUGUUAUUAUUUUAGUGAAAGCUGGUGCACCCGUUGAUCAAACGAUUGCGACACUCGGAGAGUAUCUAGAGCCUGGUGAUACGAUUAUUGAUGGGGGCAAUGAGUGGUACGAGAAUACGGAGAGGAGGAUUAAGGAGGCGGAGGGAAAAGGCUUGUUGUAUUUGGGAAUGGGUGUUUCGGGUGGAGAAGAGGGAGCGAGAAAUGGGCCUUCAUUAAUGCCUGGUGGGUCACACGAAGCGUAUAUGAAUAUUAGGGAUAUUUUAGAGAAGGUUGCUGCUCAAGUUGAGGAUGGGCCGUGUGUUACGUAUAUUGGUGAAGGUGGUUCGGGUAAUUUCGUGAAAAUGGUGCAUAAUGGAAUUGAAUAUGGUGAUAUGCAGUUGAUUUCUGAGGCGUAUGAUGUGUUGAAGAAUGCGGGUGGAUUGAGUAAUUCGGAGUUAGCUGAUAUUUUUGCGGAGUGGAAUCGUGGAGAGUUAGAGAGUUUUUUAGUUGAAAUUACUGCAGAUAUAUUCAAUGUGAAGGAUGAGUUAACGGGGAAUGGAGAGUUGGUAGAUAAGAUUUUGGAUAAGACGGGGAUGAAAGGAACAGGGAAAUGGACUGUGCAGCAGGCUGCGGAGCUGUCUAUUGCAGCUCCGACGAUUGCUGCUUCGUUAGACAGUAGGUAUAUGAGUGGAUUGAAGGAUGAGAGGGAAGAAGCAUCGGAGAUUUUUAAGAAGGAAGGAAUGAAGGUGGAGAUAAGUUCGGAUAUUAAUGGUAGCAGUGUUGAUAAGAAGAGAUUGAUUGAUGAUGUGAGGCAGGCAUUGUAUGCCUCGAAAAUCUGUAGUUAUGCUCAAGGGAUGAAUUUGCUAAGGGCGAAGAGCGGUGAGAAGGGGUGGAAUUUGAAUUUAGGAGAGAUGGCAAGGAUUUGGAAAGGAGGGUGUAUUAUCAGGGCAGUGUUUUUGGAUCGUAUUAAGAAGGCGUAUCAGAGGAAUCCUAAUCUGGCUAACUUGAUGGUUGACCCGGAGUUUGCAAGGGAGAUGGUGCAGAGGCAAGCAGCGUGGAGGAGAGUGGUGGGAUUGGCUGUGCAGAAGGGUAUUAGUGUUCCUGGAAUGUCUGCAAGUCUUCAGUAUUUCGACACCUACAGGCGUUCUAGGCUUCCAGCAAACCUUGUGCAGGCUCAGAGGGACUAUUUCGGGGCACAUACUUAUGAGAGGGUUGACAUGCCAGGAGCAUACCAUACAGAGUGGGCGAAACAUGCUAGGAAAGCCAGAGUGUAAUUCUGUUGCAGCUAUUGCGGAUUGUGAUCAAAAUCUGUGGUUGUGCAGUUACCUAGUGCACGUCAAUCAAUUCUGGAGUAAAGGAUGUCGUACAUUUCUCAGCCUCGCGUGCUUAUGUUAUUGGCAUGAAAGCUCUUCUGCAAUCGGUUUCAUCAACAUUACGCUUGUUGAGGGUUCACUUAUGAAUGGGACAUUUAGAAUAAGUGCCUUCUUUACCUUGGAUGCGUAAGUUUUAUUCCUUGUAGAGGUUUGUUGUAUAGACUUUUCAUGUCUUAUUUCCUCCUCGACAAUGAAAAUUGCGAACUUUGAAGUACCCUUGUGAAUUUCUGAAUGUGAUUGUUCCUCCAUUGGCAGUUCACCCUCGAAAAUUGGAAUCUUACGCAGAUAUGUUAAAAACUUAUUUCAGGAAUUUAUUUGUUCUAGUGUAAAAUCAGAUAUUCUGGAAGAGCUUCAGUUCCUU